GGGAGGGAGGGAGCGCGGGGAGAACUGAGAAGGAUAAGCAAGCGGACUUGCAGCCCAGGGAUGGCAUGCCAUUGUCAUCAAGGUUGACCACUUCCGGUGCAAGGCUGAGAAGUUUGUCUCCGGGACUGGAGUUGCCGGAACGAAAUAAACGAGCGGCAAUCAUCUGUUCCUUUUUUGCAAAGGGAUGGUGCAUCAAAGGGAGUUCAUGUAGGUUUCUGCACAUCAAAGAUAAUGUCAAUAGUACUCCUGAGCUGGUGUGCAGACAUGGUACUGGCUCAAGCUGCAUAGAGGAAGCUGUGCAUGAUGAAGGACGAAAAGAUGAUUUUGAGAAAUCGAAAUCACCUGGCUUGCCAAAGCAGCUUGCUUCUUCAGUUGCCAAUAAUUCUGCAUUAUGUUAUGGUUCUUCUUUGGAACAGAUUCAGUCGCAGGUGGCUAGAGAAAAUGAAAGCAUGCACCAAAUCAAUAAAAUAGCUAUUUCCAGACCCCUCAGUGUUGAAGAUUUAUUGUUUAGUGCUCCAACUGAUUCCCAUCAAUUGCCUCCAUGCAAGCAUCAUGAUGGACAUAUGUCUGCAGAUGUGGACAAUGGUAGAGAUUUCCAGGAAAGGAGUUGGAGUGCUGAUGAUUACAGAAUGCAUGCUUCAAAGCUUAGUAGUGGUGGUUCUGGUUCAAUGAGGGGUUAUUGGCUACCUCCCUCAAGCGGUUCAAUAAGAUCUUUUAACCUAGGCCAAAAUAAGCAACCCACUUCUCAUGCUUCCAUAACAGAAGACCAAGUUACUAACCAGGGCAAAUUUUUUGGCAAUUCUUCACCUAUCACAAGCCCUGCUCUUAAUUCAAGUGUCAAAUAUCCUUCGACUACUGCAAUAUUGCCUUCUCAACACUCCUCAUGGCUGUCAGGUUCUUCAAGGAUCUUAAGUUCUUUCUCUGAAUUCUCAAAUCCUCUCCCUGGUCAGAGUAUUCUUGAUGUUGACUAUGCUGGCCUUCGAUCUUCUUCUCUCUUGGGAAGUUCAUCCGAUCUAGCUGGUUCUUAUUCAGGAAAUUUAUCUAGAGCAAACAUAUCUGCAGAUUCACGGCCGCGGUUUGGAAAUAGGAGGACAUUUUCUUCUUAUGAUUGGGAGCCAUCCGAACCUUUUCGACCAUCUUUCCUCAUUACUCCGACAAGUAUAUCAUCUCCAGGGAGUAAAUGUGACCCUUUCCAUGAUAGGAUCGAGCAACAUAAAACAAGAGAUGAGUCUUUCAGGUUGUUUUCUAGUCAGGGAGCAUCCGUUCUUAAUACAGCAGAGCAGCAGGUCCAUAGCGAUUCAAAAAGAAACCUAGCUGAAGAACGUGGUAACAACAGUUAUUCAGUAUCUUCAGAUCAUAGAUUCAAUGAGCAUGGGUUAGGCAAGGGCAGCUACUUGCAUGGAAAAGAUGUAAAUGGAUCUGCGGUUGAGACGGCAGAGAAUUCAGUUGUUGACAGCCAAACUGAAAAUGAGAUGUCCAAAGAGAAUGACCAGCUGUCAGAUCAUGCCAAGGAUAGUUCCCACAUUAGUGGAAGUAGUAUGGAUCUUGGUUCUGCACUCGGAAGUGACGUAGCAGGCCACAAAGACAAAGUUAGACAAGAUAUUGAGAUGGAUGUCAUGCAGAAGAAGGCUGCAGAUGUGAACCAGGAGUCGAAGGCAUUGAGACAUUUUCGAGUUGCCCUUAUAGAUUAUGUAAAGGAACUAUUGAAACCAGCUUGGCAAGGGGGUCGUCUCAGCAAGGACGCACAUAAUUUGAUUGUUAAAAAAGCAGUCGACAAGGUUCUUACCACCUUACAGCCACAGCAAAUUCCGCCUAACCCGGAGUCAAUAAAGCAUUUUCUUUCGUUUUCACAGUUUAAACUCACAAGGCUGGUUGAGGCAUAUGUUACCAAGCAUGGGAAAGAUUGAAAGGCCCAGUCUGAAGCAUCUUGCUCUCGUUUUGCUGUGUUUUACCUGCUGGAAGCCAUAGUAGACAGUUGUACAUUCUUCUAGUGUGAGCAAAAGUGAGAUUUUCUCUGGGCUGAAUUGUUCCUGUGACAGUAUGCCCAUUUCGGGGUAGUUUAGAUGUUAAUGUUUUCCUUGGGCUGGAUAUUUAUAGUAUGGGACAGGAGAAAAUUGUAUUUAGUUAUUUCAUUAGAUAUCAAAUGCUGUUAAGAUUGAGAUCCUAAUUUGGAUUGAUGAUGGCAUCUAAAUGAUAGGAUUGUGAAAUCCUUGACUUUCCA